AAGUGCCAGACGCACGGACUGAGCAGAGACAUCCUCGGGGGUAUAAAAAGCUCCGACAGGACGGGGACAGCAGCGCCGAGAAGUGUGGAGCCACUGACUGCUGACUGAAUGCAGACGGAACACUGAGCGCCGUUCUCCAGGCCUCCCUGCAGAUUCAGGGGACAUUGUCAGAUGUGUACCCAGCGCUCAAAGCCCCUGGCCUGGCCGCGGGGAUGGCAGCCUCUGCCCUAAACCUGAACGGCCUUGGAGUCAUGAACAGCAGUAAUCAGUUUCACACCCAGCCAGGCUCCUCUAGCACCAACUCUCGAACUAGAACCAGUCCAGUCGGUCGACCUGUGCUGCCGGUUCCAGAACGGAGCACCUACUGUCAGUUACUGGGUGGGGGAGUGCCGGGUGGAGGUCUCUACAGCCCAACCAGCCCUAAGACGAGCCCUCGAACCCUAGGUCCAGCCUUUGUCUUCCCCCCUCCCUCCUCGCUCUCCCCCGGCCCCGUCCUUCGCGCUCGCUCCCCCUCCCCGCGGAGCCCCGAGCUCCUGGGAGUCAAUGUGGGCCAGCGGGUCCGACGACUGAGCGCGCCCGGUGGCGAGGAGGGAACGGAAGGAGAGGGGCGGGAGGAGCGAGGAGGGGAGACGGCGGAAGGAGAGAGGAGGGAGGAAAGGAGACGCCAGGCACAGCUGCUGCAGAUACACAGAGAGCUGCAGAACGUUGAGGUCAGGGGAAAAGUGGGCAUUUUUGAGGCCCACAUUUCCGGAAUUCGUGCCCAAGUGCUGAACACUGAGCUCCAGCGCAGCCCUCGCUCUCCAAGACGAUCGACCAGCGAAACCCCUUCCCUUCUUGGCCAACAAAACACCGGCUUCGAAUGCCCGAUGACCCACCCGCAAGAGAGUAGAGUUCUCAGUGUUGUCCAAAAUGGAAGAGAAAGGGAGGAAGAGACUAUAGAGGAAGAAAGGAGAGAUGGAGGAGGAAGGAAAGAAGAUGCAAAGGACAACAGCGCUACAAAAACAAACAGAGAAAACAAGACACUGAUCGGGCAAAAUGGCUGCCACUCAGAUGCAACAAUACAAACUCCAAGUUUAGACGGACCGAUUGACGCUCACGGUUUCCUUGAGACAUUAAACCUGGAUGUAACAACAGACAGAGAGGGAGAAAAAGACGGAGGGGAGGUAAAAAACUAUCUAAUGUUGGGAGACGAAAGAGAACGGACAGAGAGAGAAGUGAGGGAUGAGAGAGAGGAACGGUCGUGUCUGGUGAUGCCGCUCAAUACGGAGGCAAACAGGUUGGAGGUUUACCCAGAAAUCAGUGCUUUUCCUCAGACACAAAGUAUGGAGAGCCACCCUUGUUUGCUGGACACGGAUCCCACCUCAAACCACUCCCCUCCCGUCCCUCCCUCCAUCCCUGCUGUCAUCAUAACUGACCACGGUUUGGAAAGCCAGCCCGAAUGUCUCGAAGGCCCCGGCUCGGACCAGGGACUCGGCUGCAGCCCUAGCCCCGGUUCUAGCCCCGUACCCGGGCCGAACUUCUCCACCCACUCCCUCAGGAAGCUGUCGUCUUCUUCUGCCUCCUCGGCCGGUUUCUCCUCGUCCUGGGAAGAGUCGGAGGAGGAUAUCUCCAGCGAUACAGAGAAAGGAGAGCAGCUUCUCAACCCUGCAGUCCUCACGUCUCAACAGAGAGCACACAAGUCUUGGAAGAAGAUUAAGAACAUGGUCCACUGGUCCCCGUUUGUCAUGUCCUUCAAGAAGAAGUAUCCCUGGAUACAACUGGCUGGGCAUGCAGGGAGCUUCAAGGCGGGAGCCAACGGACGCAUAUUAAAAAAACACUGUGAAUGUGAGCAGCGCUGUUUGUCCCUCCUCAUGAGGGACGUUCUGCGCCCGUACGUCCCUGGUUACCACGGAGACGUAGAGAAGGACGGCCAGAAAUACAACCAGAUGGAGGAUCUGCUGGCUGAGUUCGACUUCCCGUGCGUGAUGGACUGCAAGAUGGGAGUGAGGACCUACCUUGAGGAAGAGCUGACCAAGGCUCGCAAGAAACCCUCACCGAGACCUGACAUGUAUCAGAAAAUGGUGGAGGUGGAUCCCGAGGCGCCUACGGCCGAGGAGAACCUCCAGAAAGCGGUGACCAAACCCAGAUACAUGCAGUGGAGAGAGACCAUCAGCUCAACAGCCACCCUGGGAUUUAGGAUAGAGGGAGUCAAGAAGGAGGACGGGACAGUGAACAGAGAUUUUAAGAAGACAAAGACAAGAGACCAAGUGACUGCAGCCUUCCACGACUUUGCCAAAGGAAAUAAGGACAUACUGAACAUUUAUCUCAGCAGGCUGAAGGAAAUCAGAGACACUCUGGAGAUCUCCACGUUCUUCAAAACCCACGAGGUGAUUGGCAGCUCUUUGUUAUUCGUUCAUGACAGUAAAGGAAGGGCCAAAGUCUGGAUGAUCGACUUCGGGAAAACCACACCUCUCUCUGAAGGGGACGAACUGACCCACCGAGCUUCCUGGGUCGAGGGCAACAGAGAAGACGGUUACCUUUCUGGACUUGAUAGUUUGUUGGACAUCAUUUUAUUUAUGAUGAACUCUGAGACUUGAGGUCUGAGGGUUUGAAAAAGAAAGAAAUCCACGUGAACAUUCGGACACAAAACAAACCACUUCCAUUCAUUCUUCCUUUUCUCUCGGGAACACUUCCUCCUCAAGGAUUCCUUUACAGACGUUUGUCCUCAUGUUGGAAACCACAUCAUCCCAUAACAAUGCGUGGCCAAAUCCAUUCAUGGAUGCAACCUCGCUAUUGAUAUCCUGUGGAUUUCAGGUUAUUACUCUUUCCUGUUCAUUUACUACCUUUAUAACAAAGAAGAAACAGCAGAUUGUUUAAUCCAAAUUGAAUUCUAAGGCUGGUGAUAUUUAAUAUUUUUGGUAUAAAACAAAUUCUAUAAAAAGACCAAAAAAAGUGAUGUUAUCAAGUCCGUCCGUGGCUCUCAGCUCCAAGCCCAUUUGUUUCUGCUGCAGAUGUAAAUUACUUUAAAGAUGGAAUAUAAAUAUGUUUUAAUUUUUUAAAAAGACUAAAUAUUUUUCUAAAACAGCUGUGCACUGUAGUUUUAACCAAACAUUACUCAUCAGGAGGAAAUAGUGUUUUGUUCACGACAAUGUUUUUUAAUGUUUGGGAUCAUCUAAAACAAUAUAUCAAACCCAAUGUUGAUUGUAAUCAAUGAACACGCAUUGCAACAGUAACAGUUUGGCUCACUGAGGCUCAAAGAUGGAGCAUUAUGACACAGAGGAAGAAGCUAAAUCUGGCUUUAGACACACAGAAGAUGGUUUCAGGAUAAAAUAAUUGUUGGUUUUGGUCUUUUUGUGGGAUUUGUUGAUACAAAAAAUAUAAAACAUUAAAGAAAAUAACCCCAGAAUUAUUAUUUAAAGCCACUAUAUGCGAAUCUUCUGACUUUGGCGCUCCCUGGUGAUAGAAUCGAAAAAGACACUAUAAGGGUCUGAUCAGACAGAGGACGUUUUGAAGGUGUCAAACUUGAGGCGCACUUAGCUGCCUUUAUGUUGCCUGAUGGGACAGAGCCUUUUCUUUAGCAGCUUGGAGAGUCUUUUUUUAUCGUUGCUAGGCAACCACCGAAUGAGUGCUCACGUUAUCUUAACACAAACCAUGAACUGUAAGCUACCUAAUUGUUAAGUUAAAAAAAGCUAGGCGCUCAGAGUGGAAAAAAAGCGCGGCGCACACACACAGAAACACACACAUCAUCAUACGAACACAUAGAUUCACACAUUUACAAUGUGACCUUAACCUCACUGGGCCAGAAGAAAAGGGAACUCCCUGGGAACUCCCUGGGCCUCUUUACACACACACACACACACACACACACAUGCACACUAUUAGUAUUUGUCAGCAUGGAAAACGUUUGUAUGCUUAAGAGUGUGUUUAUUGACUUUUUUUAUUGAAAUACAUCAAGACAUACCUUUUGAACUGAAUCCAAUAUGCAUGUUUUUAUUGUAAAGCAUGAGAAUAGAUCGUGUAGCCAUGUUCUAGUACAGACAACAGAAUUGGCUGCAUCAGAAUUGGGCAAAACUGGCUGAACAAAAAACAAAAAGCUGAAAAAAGCAGGAGCUAAACGCUUCAUUUCCAUUAUAAACACUUGCAGAAAGCCACCCCCAGGCUGCAAAAACCUGCUCUGUCUGUUCAGGUUCUAAAGACGCUGUGAUCACAUAAGAAUCGUACAUGUAGUGGCUUUAAAACAUGCACGUUCACACAUCCAUAUUUGGCCCUUAAAUGUCUUGUUAAACAGUUAUACUCAUUUGUAACUUAGAAAUAUACCAUUUCCAUUAAAUCACAGUUAGAUUGCAUAUCUUCCUCUCAAUAUCUGAACUCAAAUUUGGGGGAUUUUUUGUCUUUUUCCACCACAAUUUCAUCACACUGCCCCUUAUCUUUUAAAAAAUAAUCUGCACUUGAUUCUAGUUCCACUGUUAGAGAUUGUACGGUUGAGUGUGUUUUACAGUGGAAAACUAAACUAGUCUUUUAGCUAUUUUUAACCUCUGUUUAACCAGUAAUACCUAGAAUUCAGAUACUGUAAGUCGGUCAGUGAGGUUUUCUAAUUCGGAGCUAAAUUAUUCAGGUCAGAGUAGUUUCAGUGUGUUAUGGAGGUCAUUGUUUCAUAUGUAACAUAUUUGCAGCCAACACGCCGUGUCCAUGGUACUUGCCUGGACAAACACUUCCCACUCUACUCACAUAUUUGUUGGGAUUGUUCACAAUGUACAAUGAGGUUUAUUAUGUUUUAAUGUAGUUUUUUUGUAACAUUAUUUUAGUGUACUCGAAUCCUGUGGAACACUUACAGCCAUGAACAAUCGUAUUUAAGCUAUACAGUGCCUUGACAUUACAAAGCCAAGUCAGAUAACUGAAUAUAUGUUCUUAUUUUAAAUGUUAUGACGGACUUUUCUCUUAGUCUUAACUGUUUUAAUGCGUAGUCUCGGGUGCAUGUUUAUAAUCUUCUUAACGUUUUGGGCUUAAUUUGUAUAUCAUCAUGUUUUUAUUUAUAACAUUAUAAUAUGUUUUUUUGUUUGUUUUUUUGUUAAUGGGAUACUGUGACAUUUUGAAGUUUGGACUGUUAUGUUGCUUCGUCUUCAAGCAUGUGUUACAGUAUGAGUGAAGGUCAAACAACACAUUGGAUAUGUUGAAAGAAAAGAUUGACGGUGUUCAGAAAAUGAAACCCAUUUAUUUAAAUGGGGAAUGGAAACAUUCAUUUAGAAACUGGUUGGGAAGAUACAUAAGAAAAACAUGUCUCAUAAUGUAACAGGUUCUUGAUGAACAAUAAAAACGUAAUAGUAUGUAGAAUCCACUCUACCAUAUAUUUAUAAUGCAAUGGUUUUCAGUUGAUGUUUGCAGUGACAGUAGACGCAGAAAGAGACUGAUUAUUACUCCAUGCAGUGCCUUCUUAAAGAAGUAGUUUGACAUUUUGGGAAAUAUGUAUGCUUGUUAGAUUUUUUUUGCAGAGUUAAACGAGAUGAUUGAUCUAUCUCAUGCCUGUACGCUAAAUAUGAAGCGUACGCCAGCAGCUGGUUAGCUUAGCUUAGCAUUAUGACUGAUUGAAUGAUUACUCAUUUAAGAUAUAAUGUGGGAUAAUAUAAACUGCGCUUGAUUUCAUUUACAAUUGAAAGAGAUUUUACAGUUGAGUGGUUUUUAACCUCUUUUUAACCAGCCAUAAUGUGGAGCUACAUUAUACAGAUCACAAUAGUUUCAGUAUGUUAUGGAAGGCAU